CUCAAUGUCAAAAUCUUUACUUUUGUUUUCACACAACGGAAAGAAGCCGGACCAGCUGGAGUUUAACAAUUUGAAAAGCUCCAACUAUUCGCAGGAGAACGGUGAGUAGCAGAGCAACAAGAAAAAAAAACAACAAAAAAAGCGGCGAGCUCUCAAGGAAAAUUAGAAAUUAAAUCAAGAUGGAUAAGCCUGCCCCUUCAACGACAAGCAAGGAGAGAAUGGAAAUCAAGGAGCGUGAAAUUAGGGAAGAAUCGCGUAAAUUUCGAAAAUCUGUCAGCGAGAAAAUUGGCCAAUUUGUCAAAGAUGAUAGGCCGUACAUAGAGUUUGAGGCCGUGGAUUGUAAUCAGUACAUGGCCGUUUAUGACAUUGCUGCGAGUGCUGGCCUCGUAUCGCUGCUAUUCGGUGGCCAAUCGGUGGUAUACAAGAAUAAGCAUUAUCCCAGCGCCGAUGAGAUGGAGGCGCGAAUGAACGGCGAAGGCUGGAACGAGAAGAUAGCCCAGAAAUAUGCCGAAAAAAGAAAACUGCUAGUGGCCCAGAAGCAAACGUCUAAGGCUGCCGAGCCGGAACCGGAACCGGAACCGGCAGCCAAGAAGCCCAAGACUGCUGGUAUCAAACGAAAGGCUAAGGCUAUCGAGAACCCACCAGACGCCAAGAACAAAUAGCAGAAAGGCCAGAGCUACUUUUUUUUUGGAUUCCAACAUAAGAUCAACCAAAAUGAAUCAUUUAAAAAGGAGCGCACAACAAUAAACACAUAAGCAAGCGUUA